AUGUACAGCAUCAGAAAUUUGAGACCUUGUGUCAGAUCUCUCUCCACGGGGGCAAGAUUGGCCUCGAUAAGACUCACCAGCCAAUCGGUAUGGAAGAACGCCAUACAAUCGCCUGCUGCGUUGCCCAGAUUGACCAGCGCCAGAGCUACCUCUUUCCGUGGCUAUAGUGUCUUGACUGCCACCCCAGACGCUAAGAUUUACAAGUAUGACGAAGUCAAGCAGAUUGCCAGCUCCCCCGACAAAUUCCCCAAUACCGUGUUGGUCGACGUGAGAGAACCAGUCGAGUUCUUGGACGGCCACAUCCCUGGUGCCAUUAACGUCCCCUUCAAAUCAUCUCCUGGUGCAUUGGACUUGUCUGAAGAAGAGUUCCAAGAACACUUUGGCUUCGCUAAGCCCACCGACGACAAGGAAUUGGUGUUCUACUGCUUGGGAGGCGUCAGAUCGGCUGCUGCCGAGGAGUUGGCCGCCACCUUCGGCUACAACAAGAGAGGUAACUACAUCGGAUCAUGGGAAGACUGGGUGGAGCACGAAAACAAGUCUCAAUAG